CCCCCUCCCCCGUGGGGCGGGAUGUCGCGACUCAGUGACGUCAUCAGCCAGACGCGGAGAAGAUGGCGGAUGUUGUGACGGUCGGGGUGAAUCUGGACGCCUUCUCUCAUGCCAUCAGCGGGAUCCAGGCUCUGCGGUCCAGCGUGAGCCGGGUGUUCGAGUCCCUGAAGGACGGCAUGAAGAACCGGGAGACUCUGGAGAGCCGAGAGAAGCAGUUUAUCUCCGAGUUCCAGGACAACUUACAGGCCGUGAACAGAGACCUGAAUGAACUGGAGCGUCUCAGCAGUCUAGUGGGCCGUCCUUCAGAGUCCCAUCCUCUCCAUAACAGCGGGCUGCUGAGUCUGGACCCAGUUCAGGAUAAAACUCCUCUGUACUCGCAGCUGCUGCAGGCCUACAAGUGGUCCAACAAGUUGCAGUAUCAUGCAGGUUUAGCCUCUAGUUUGUUGAACGUAUGUAGAUGAUGUCAUUUCCCGGAUUGGCCGGAUGUUUCCAGAUAUUACUAUUGAGCUGUUCAGACCCAAUGGAACAUCUGCUGUGCUGCUGGU